UUGAGCUGUCGCACUCUCAGACAUAAGAUGAGAGUGUCACAAACUUCUGCUUUUAUUGUGAUCUUUUCCGUGGUGCUCCUAAUUUCCCAAACAAGUGGUUUCAAAUACUGGAAGAGGUUGAAAGAAAGCGUUUGCAAAUGGCACAAAAACGAUGCACAUACUAACAACAAAUGCAAGAGUCACUGCGAGCAAAAAUGGAAAUUUCCACGGGACGACCACAGCCAAGCGCCGUUCGCAACGGGUUCCUGCUGGUCAAAAAAAUGCGUGUGCAAGGUCAGCCAGGAGUAUAAAGGCUACGUAAGAGGCUUCGACAAGAAAAUGACCAUAUGUGUUUUUGACAAGGUUUGCAGAAGCGUGUUCGAAAAACUUCAGAAACAUUUCCAGACUCACCCUAACGUGCACAUUGGGCGGCACACAACGCACACACCUUAGCCUCUGGGCGAAGCGCAUCAACGACUUGGCGGUUACUGAGAAACGGCAUGCAUCCAAACGUUCGAACAUUAAACCAAUUCGUCGUCCCCGUCACGAAAGAACGUAACCCCAUUGCACUGAUGCCAAACUCCUCCUCGCAAAUUGUAAUUUUACUGUAAGAAUUUUGAGAAUUAUUAACUGAGAAUUUCGCUGACUUUCCUUUAGAUGUCAUGCAAAAAUCAGACAAAUUUUGGAUAAAAAUUGCACGGGUACACUUGGUAAAAUAAAUUAAUUGUUCGAGUCAAUUUGGCAACAUUGGAAUGGCGUUAUGUUCCUUCGUCCGGGAGACGACGAAUUAUUCUACAAUAACAUUUAUUUUAUUUAGAGGAAAAAUAUCAGUGUUUUCCUCAGAAAAUCUAUAGGUGCCCGAAAGCCGAAUUGGUCGCCCGGAAUUCGGUAAAAAAUUUCAGGUACGCCAAAAGGUUUCCCCCGAGGCCAAUUUUACUUGACCCCUUUUUCCCUAGUUAGGCAUCCGUGAGUCAACAUCUUACCUCCUUCCUUUUUGAAUUGCACGCCCUAAUUCGGUCUGAGCUCCUCCCCUCAACUUCUAUAAAAUACCGGCAAAAAGCCCAAAAAAUACCUUGAUACAACUGCACCCCCCUUCCUUCCUAGCGAGACCCAAUAAAACAGUAAGAAAUUUUGACUCAGUUUUGAAGUUCUAAAAAGUGUUCGAAAUGGAGGACGUUAUCCCAAAAACACGUAUAAAUAUCGAAUUCGUUUAUUCAGUUUCAGUAAUACUACGUUUACUAUUGGCGAAAAGCUGUCCGAUUCUUAACUUCAUAUAAUGAAAUUCCGCACGAAAAAUAAAAAAUAAAAAAAAACCGUUAAGGACACAUACACUAUGAAGAUACUUUGGAUUAAACUAGGAGUAAAAUACUUUCCCCAAAAGCGUAAGUUUCCACUAUUGCUGGGAUAUUAGAGAAGUUAAGUCUGUUAAUCGUCUCCGUUGUAAUCUUAUAAUAAAAACAAUAUUCAUAAAACA